AUGGCCUUCUUGUUCACUUGUUUCAAUACCUCUCUCAAACUCCGCCGCAAAAAACUCAACUCCCAAACACUUGCCUCCUCCUCCUCCCCCCCUCAUCCUCAUCAACCACACACCCCACCAGAUGAUGACGAUAAACUUAUUUUAGGAACCUUAACUUGGAACCAAAUUCAGUCUUCUACCUCCAACUUCUCUACCAUCAUAGCUUCCGGUGGUUUCAGCAACGUCUACCUUGCUUACUUCCCCGGUCUCCCCCUCCCUGCCGCUGUCAAGUUGCUCUCCGGCUCCACCGACCGUCUCACCCGGGUUUUCCACCAGGAACUCCUCAUUUUAAAAGGCUUGUCUCAUCCUCACAUCGUCAACCUCCUUGGCUACUGCCACCACACAGAGGAAGGGGUCCUGGUAUUUGAAUACGUCCCAAAUGGAACAUUGCAAGAGAAACUCCACGGAGAAACAAAAACAUCAUCAUCCAACAAGAAGACAUUGCUGCCACCGUCCCAAUCCCAUUCCCAUUCGUCAUCAUCAAGUAAAAUGAUGAUGAUGGGAUCUCCAGGGUACACUGAUCCUCAUUAUCUCUGGACGGGGAUUGUAUCCAAGAAGAAUGACAUUUAUAGCUUCGGUGUUGUGGUUCUGGAACUCAUAACUGGGAUGCAAGCUCUUAAUCCUGUCUCUGGUGAAAGGUUGACAUCGGUUUUACGCCCCAUUUUGAGGGAUCCAUCCAAGAUUGUUCAAAUGGUGGAUGCACGCCUGCCAAGAUUUGACUUGGAAGAAGUUACGGCUAUGGCUGCAAUUUCAGCUAUGUGCCUCUGUGAAACUCCUUCCCUCCGGCCUUCAGCUUCGGAUAUUGUGAAUCUCAUGAGAAACAGCAACGCUUUCAAGUUCCCUUCCCCAGAUUCUCUUUCCACAUUGGCCAAAGGAUAA